AUGGGUGCAGUAAAGAACUACUUCAAAGGACAGUUCCAAAUCAGAAAAUUUAAAUUGGAACAUGAAUCCUCGUACGACUUCUACGAGAGCUGCUUCCAGAACAACCGAUCAGCUUUACCUUUGUUAAUAAUAAGGGGAAUUCUGUUCCUUGCAUGCUUAGGAAUAGUUCUGGCGUCCUUUAUUUUAACAGCUCAAGGUAUAUCGGCAAGGUUUUGGCCGAUAUACUUAACACAUUGGGGUCUAGUACUCAUAACGGUUGCCAGCGGCUUUGGAUUUGCAGUUUCAGCGAAAGCAUACUACGGUGGACCUAUUGAUUCUGAUUUCGGAUUGCCGUGGUAUAUAAAGGCAUACUGGGUGUCCUACUCCACAUCGAUACCGAUUGCAAUAUUCAUCACAGUUUUCUAUUGGAUUUUUCUAACCAAUGAUAAUCAAGAGUUCGCGGUGUCUUUCGCUCUGGACAUCUUAAUCCACGCAGUGAACAGCGUUCUCAUGCUGAUACUCCUCUUCACCGCUAGUCAUCCCUCAAACCUGCUCCAUUUCUACUUCUCCAUCGUACUAGCAGUCAUUUACGUUAUAUUUAACAUCAUUUAUUACUACGCCGGUGGCACUGACCCGAUGGGUAACCCCUUCAUAUAUCCUGUCUUGGACUGGAGAAACCCUGGAGUGUCUGCGAUAACGGUAGUCUUCAGCGCGAUCCUUAUCAUCAUUCUGCACAUUAUCGUCACUCUAUUGACUGAAGCCAGAGACGCGAUUGCCAGUGAUCCAUCGGAUUUUUACAUCAGUGUUUGGCAGAGAACAAAGUCUCCGGUACCGCUUCUAAUAUGGAGGAUAUUACUGCUUCUUACUUCACUCGCGAUUGUAAUCACGUCUAUGACAUUCUAUGGAUUGAGUGAAUUUCACAUAGGUUAUUGGUUCAUAUAUCUGACUCACUGGGGCUUGUCGUUGAUGGUGCUCUCUACUGGUUUCGGAGUUGCUGUCUCCGCUAAAACAUACAUUUCGGGUCCGAUUGGCGCUGAUUUAAGCUUGCCGUGGUACGUCAAAGCUUUUUGGGUGCUACACAACAUCUCGGUGCCAGUUGCUUUUCUAAUCACAUUAUUUUACUGGACCUUACUUUACAGCGCUAACUUCCAAGAGGAAAUGGGCAAAGGGCUAGACAUCGCAAUCCACGGCAUCAACUCCUUAAUAAUGUUCCUUCAACUGAUCAGUUCUGCUCACCCCACCCGGGUCGUACACUGCACACAUCCAUUCCUAUUCGCUCUGGUUUAUGUAUUCUUCAACCUCAUAUACUAUGUGGCUGGCGGGAAAGAUCCUUUGGGGAAUCCUUGGAUAUAUCCCGUGGUGCACUGGGGGGAGCCGGCGGCGGCGACUAUCGUUGUUGUGAUAACUGGAAUCGUAUUAAUAUUUUUACAUUUAGUUACAAUCGUCCUAGCAGCGAUUAGGAACGCCAUAUCUAAACGAUGCACUCGACCCUCUGAACCAACUGAUCCGGCUGAACUUGAGGCUUUAAGGAACCCACCUUGGCAGAGUAGCGUCUGA